AUGGAAGGUAUCAAACACAUAACCAAGACAAAUCAUGACAAGUUGCAAAUGGUGAACCACCGGCUCAGUCAACAAGAUGAAAAGAUUGAAGAAGCAGAGCGUUACGGCCGACGCUGGAAUCUAAAACAUUUCAACCUACCGGAAUCCACCAAUGAAUCCGUGGAAGAUCUAAGGAAUCAGGUCUUCCAGAUUUUUGGGCAGAUGGCUCCAGAUGAAAAGAGCAAGCUGGGCUUUCUCGUCGACACGAUUCACAGAGUUGGACGUCCCAGAGAGGACAGGAGCCCCCGUCCUCUCUCUGCCAGUCCUGCCAUCUUUCCUCCACAGGUGUUCGUGGUUGACUGGUGGGCGGAGACGCACACCUGCGACUCAUCCAGCAGCACCAAAGUGGCCUACAAGAACAGCGCUCGAACAGCGAGAGGACGCCAGAGUGUUUUCGUUGCGGUUACCUUCUUGAGCUCCGAGGUUCCCUUCGUGACUCUCCAGUUCCUCCGUCCUCCUUCCGAGUCGAUAACCUCACCUCUGGAUCCAAGACUCCCUCCAACAUCCUCCGGUUCCUCUCGCUGUUCUGGAUCUCGGUACCCACGGUGCUGCUCGGACCUCCUCGCCCCGCUCACCAGCAACCCGGACAUCUGCCAUCAACAACAGAGCUGAGUCCACACACACCAUCCUCCCUGGCCGUGUUCUCUCGCAC